CACGAAAUGAAAUUACAUAAGCACUUACGCAGCUACAAAAAAUUCGAAACGUGUAAAGCAUUGUUGUGUGUGCCUACUUAUUUAGAUUACUCGGUAUAAUUUACUCAAGCACUACCACAUCUAUUAGCUCUCAAGUAGAAGUACCACCUGUUCUUGACAUGACCGUGUGUGCCACCACUUUCUGCAGUGGAAUCUAAAUGAACGAAGCGUCACAAUCGCGCGCGGUACCACCUUCGACCAGCAGUGGUGCCCGUGAUAUGGUCAGCGUUAAGAAAAUAAAACGGUAUCCGGUACCAACUCGACAAGUACUAUCCAAACUACGUCGAAUAUCAGUCGCUGUGAACAUAACGUAAACAAACAAGGAUGUGGUACUCCAUCGAUUCAGUAGUGCUUCUUUCGUCGUGUCUGCUUGUGCUGCUUGACAGUGUUAAAGGACAAGACAGGAAUAGAAAUGAACAAGCAGCCAGAAUAAUAUAUCCAAAUGAUGACGAUUUUCCCCACAACCACCAGCACCACUCUCAUGGAGGCUUUCCACCUGGCUUCCAGCAUUCGCCUGAAUUCCACAAAAAUGACGGGAAGUGUUGUAAACAAUUCAUUACAACACAGCAACCAAGAAUUGAUGUUACACGCACUUCGACAAGAAAACCUCCUGAUCCACACACGAAUGUCGCACUGACCGACCUUGGCAUAGAAGCUAAAGGCAAUACAUCUUUGCAGAUUCCUUUGGACUUAGCACUGAGAAUCAGCGAGGUCGACAAUAUAACAGAACUUUUUAACUAUGUAGAAGAUGACGAUGACAUUGAUGGAACACCUUUUAUAAUGAACAGGUUUGGGGAUGGGGCCCGAAGUAAGUACCAAGGUGGUGGAGAUGCUGCUAUAGUACCAAAACCAGCUGGAUGCCAACCUGAAAAAGUUAGUGUAAAAUUAGGAACUGACACAGAUCCCAGCAUACUCUACAUGCCACCAUGUACAAGAAUUGAGAGGUGUGGUGGAUGCUGUUCCCAUCCAUUACUGGAAUGUCAGCCAAUAGAUACAGAAACAAUUGCAUUUCAGGUCAAGAAAACUAAAUAUGUUGGUAACAACAAGCUGAAAGUAAUUUCUAAGGAAGUAGUUCUUGUUGACAGACAUGUUUCAUGCAAAUGUGGCUGCAUAACAAAAGCCAAGGACUGCAAUAAGUACCAGGAAUAUCGUGAAGCAGAAUGUCGAUGUGCUUGUGUGAAUACAGAUGAAGCAAGAAAAUGCAUAAAUGACCCUCAAAAAUUGUGGAAUCCUAAGAUAUGUUCAUGUCAGUGUCGUGAAGUGCAGGAGUGUACAACCGGAUACAGUUUUGACCAACGACAGUGCAAGUGUCUACCCAGCACUCUCAAAAGAAGAUUUACACUUGAGCAAGCUGUCGAACCAUCUGACUACGAUAGAUUUUACUAGGCUUGACCUUCCAGCUUGCUUAUUGUUGCAACCCGCCUGCAAACCGAGCAAAAUCUACCUCUCAAUACUUACUUUUAACCUGAAGUAAGCUCUGCUUGCACUUCUUCAAAUAUGUUAUGCAGUAUCCGACAGUAUCUAGUAAUAGAUAAAAGCCAUGCAGAUAUACCUAAAAUGUAAACAUUUGGUUAGAAUACGUAUUAUUGUAGAAAAUAUGGAAUAAAAACUUACCUAGUCCUGAGGUUAUGUUUACUAAA